AUGAGUGAUGACGCAUCCAGCAUUCGCGCUUUUCUAGACUUACUUGACAUCACAAAAGAUACUUGGAAGGAUGACCUGGAGCGAUUUAUUAAUGAGAGGUUACGACCGUCGAGGCCGAAAAGGCGCAUUCCUCGCUUCUCGAUUGGCGAAAUGGAUGCGGAAUCAGACGAUGAGUCGGUUGUGACAUGCGAUGCCUCCACGCAGACUUCUGGUGACGAAGCACAAGAGGAAAAGUUGACGGAGGCAAAGCCAUUGGAUCAGAUCUCGAGAGAAUGGACCGAAGGAAAACCACUCUCAGCUAACGAUGCACUACGUCUGGUGAAACGUGGCAUCGUGAAGUGUCGUCAGUUGGAAUCUCGUUUGGAUGCCGAGACUGCCAUAUAUGUUAGGCGUACCUUUGUCGCUCCUGAUGUAUUGAAGCAAUUGCCGUAUAAAAAUUAUGAUUACAAAUAUGUGACAAAUUCAUGCUGCGAAAAUGUCAUUGGUUACAUGCCUAUUCCUGUGGGUGUGGCUGGUCCAUUGCGUUUGAAUGGAAAGAACUUCUACGUACCGAUGGCUACAACAGAGGGAGCCCUAGUUGCCAGCACUAAUCGAGGUUGCAGUGCCGUCACGCGAAGUGGCGGCGUAACAGCAAAUGUUUUCGAGGAGGGAAUGACACGUGCUCCUGUUGUGAAGUUUCCAACUGCGCAAGAAGCUGUUGCUUUGAAAGAGUGGUUCGAUGUUCCUGAAAACUUUUCACUGAUCAAAUCUGAAUUUGAGUCUACAAGCAGGUUUGCACAAUUACGAAAGGUGGAAGUGGCCAUAGAUGGCAAUUUGGCAUUUGUUCGGUUUGUGGCUUUCACUGGCGAUGCUAUGGGCAUGAAUAUGGUCUCAAAAGGUUGUUCAUUGGCUAUGCAUCUUUUGAAGCAGAAAUUCCCCGCCAUGCAACUUCUCGCACUUAGCGGCAAUUACUGUGUUGAUAAGAAGGCUGCAGCCAUAAACUGGAUCAAUGGACGAGGGCGAUCCGUGGUUGCAGAUUGCACCCUUCCAGCGAGUGUAGUACUUUCCAUCUUCAAAACAACACCUAAGCAAAUGGCCGAAGCUGCACAGUCGAAAUUGCAAUCCGGAUCGGACAAAGCUGUCUGCAUAGGCGGCAACAAUGCUCACGCAGCAAAUGUAGUAGCAGCGAUCUUUCUUGCAACUGGCCAGGAUGCAGCUCAAGUUGUCUCCUCCUCGAUGUGUUCAACUCGUAUGGAAGAAACCGCUGAGGGUGAUCUUUACGUAAGCUGCACGAUGCCCUGUGUGGAAGUUGGUACGGUGGGUGGUGGGACGAUACUGCGACCUCAGAAUGAGUGCCUACAGAUGUUAUCUUGUGCCGGUCCUUCACCAGAUACUGCGGGUGCACAUGCACGUCGAUUAGCAGAAGUGAUUUGUGCAGCAGUGUUGGCUGGAGAAUUGUCGCUGAUGGCAGCACUUGUCACCGACCAGCUGGUCUCUAGUCACAUGAAACUCAAUCGUUCGCGUUUGCAACUCUAUAAUACGUCCUCGCCGCAGCUCUCAUCGUCACAACCAUCAGAAGAGAAGCCCGUUACGAUGCUAAGGAAAGUUUUGGAUAAGGAACCACGUCUCAAAAGAACUUCUAUAAAGGUUGAAUGUUCAAAUAUCCUUUAGGCUUCUGUUUCGACUUGUUUUACUUCUUUGUUGUUUUUCUAAGUGAUCUUUCUCUAAAUCGCGCUAUAGCGCAGCUCUUUUUUUGUAGUUGUUUAUUCUACUGAUGUUAAAUGGAGUUUCACAAUUCCUCCAACUCUUUGGCGCUCUUUCUUCGUUCUGAUUGUAACUUCCCCUUAUAUAUCUCUUGAUCUAGUGAUUUUUUUGAGCCUUAAUGUGAUAUUUUGAAGCUUCCAUGUUUGAAGUGGGCUUUAUCUUUAUUUUGAGUUAUAUCACUUCUAGCUUUGCCAAUCAGGGGUCGCUAACUUGAUCGUAAGAACAGAUAAACUAGCUGCUGGUAGAAUAUUGUUUCUGGCUAUCGUUGCUCAGCUUGAAAGAUAUGAUAGUUACACACACUUGUUAAUAAAGUAUAUACUUACC